ACCAAACCUUACUUUCCAAAUCACACAAGUUACUCCCAGUGAAUUUUAGUCGAAUUCCUUAGUGUUUCUUCAGAAAAAUGCAGUACCAGACGGCUGACUCAUGGGGUUUCUAUGUUCCAAUGAGAAGCAGGAGCAGGAGCAUGGAAGAUCCAAUGGAAAGGGUUGAGAGGCUGGCUUCAGAGAGUGCAGUGGUGAUUUUCAGUUUGAGUAGUUGUUGCAUGUGCCACGCUGUGAAGAGGCUGUUUUGCGGAAUGGGGGUGAACCCGACUGUCUACGAGCUGGAUCAUGAUCCAAGAGGGAAGGAAAUUGAGAGGGCGUUGAUGAGGUUGCUUGGAAGUUCGUCGGCUGUUCCUACUGUGUUCAUCGGUGGCAAGCUCAUUGGCUCCAUGGACCGAGUCAUGGCUUCCCAUAUUAAUGGCUCUUUAGUCCCUCUUCUCAAGGAAGCUGGAGCACUUUGGCUUUGAGUUUUCACAUAUAAUUGAUAAUAACACCAGUCUAAUUUUAAUGCAGAUUAUAAAGGAGGAAGGAGAAAGCCCUUUUUUUUCAUGAUCUCCAUGUCUCAGAUUAAUUUACUUUAAUUUAUAGAGCUAAGAAUGUGUAAGGCUUAAUCAUAUAACUAAUGCAAUGAAAUUAAUGUAUGUUAAACUUCCAUUACUACUUAAA